AUGAAGAACUCCCUAACCACGCUGCCCGUCGAGGUGCUCCAGCUGCUGAGCACGCACCUAACGCCUCACGACAUCGCCUCCCUCCGCCGCGUAUCAUGGAGCGCCUUCAAAACCUUCGCUUCGCCGCCCCUCUGCGCCUUCCUCCUGCACCACCACUUCCCGUUCGCCCCCGCAGUCCACGAGUAUGCCUACGACACCCUCAACGCCCUCCUCCUGCGCCGCCGUCGCAUCGUCAGCCUGGGCUACACCCAGUCGCACGAGCUAUCGUCCACCACCUCUAACUUCGACGGCGACCUGGGAGUCCUCGUGACCACCACGGUCGAUGAGGCUCGCAGCCGAGUCGAGAUCUCCGUGCGCUGGCUUGCAAACCCAGAGUUCAACAUCAUCGUCCCGGCGCCGCUGCACCUGGGCGACGGCGGGCCGUCCAGCGCCCCGCCGCCCGAGAUAGUACACGUGCGCGAUAAGGUGCUACUGCUGUACCCCGACACGGCGGGGGUGGGGACGCUCGCGCUGAUCCUGGACGGGAAAGAGGGGCGGACGCUAUGGAGCGCGUUAUUCAACUCGCCGAUCCUAUCGGAGCGGGCAGCUGUGGCGGGGCUUCGGCCGGUAUUCAACGAGCACUAUCUAGCGUUCCUCACUGUCGUCGCGGCGACCGGGAAGCGGGUGCUCACGAUCGCGCGGCUGCGCGAUAUCCACAAGGAGACGGAGCUGAUCACGAGCGCGCUCCCGAUCCGCAGCGAGAACAUCCGCGAGCUGAAGGCGGACGACAGCGGCGGCACCGUAUUCGUCGCGGAGGUAUUCCCGGCGCACGGCAACCUGCACCGAAUCGUCCUGGUCGAUGCGCGGACGGGCGAAGCCACGCGCGCGUUCCACCUACCCAUGGCACCACUAUUCGUCGCCGCGGAGAGAGACUGGGGCUUCGAGCUGACGCCGGGCGAGAAGGAGCUGGUGGCGUGGCAGUCGCCGCGCGACGACGCGUACCGCGCCGGCCUGGCCCUGCAGAUCUCCGUGUUCCAGCUCAAGGGCGAGUCGAAAACGAGCAAGGUGCGCUAUCUGCGCCCGGCACCGGAGCUCCCCUCCCCGCGCGCUCACCUCCGCGUCUCAUACAACCCCGCGCUCGCCGUCGCGACAAUGGGAAAGUCGCUGCUCAUCUACCCCCCGCUGAACCUUGACCACCCGCGAGCCGGCACCGGCGAGGAAGUCAACAGCCUCAACACCCUGAAGCCGCUGGCGCUCUCCACCCCGCUACACAUCCCUGGUGGACGUGUGGAGGAGAUCACCGUGGGCCUCGAGUGGCUCCGCGUCUCUGUCGGCGGCAGCGGUAGCGGGGGGACGCACCUACUGCGGACGUCCACGCCGCUGGGCGGUGCGAUGGACGAGCUGGCGACGACCGGCUCCGCCACGCCGGUGAGCGGCUGGUCAACGCCGCACUCCAUAUUCGGCGGCGAAGGCGCGGUCGUCGAUCCCCGCGAACUCACGAAGCGCCUGGCCGCAAUGCAGUUCGAUGGCAAAGCCGCCGCCACCGCAGGGAAGAAGCGAGAGAGCGGGCUGAGGUUCAGUCGCGUGUAUGGCGAGGAUCACGAGUCAGACAAGGGUAGGGUCGAUAAGCUUGAGGAUGCGGCGGGGUCGGGGGCGGGGGCGGGGGCGGAGGACGCGCACGGCGGCGGACGCAGGGGGUCGACGUGGGCGCUGGGCGUGCUGGGCGAGAAGAUUUCGGGCGCGCUGAAGAGUGGGCGCAGGGGGAGCGCGCAGAGUGAGAGCGUUGAGGCGUAUAAUGGCUCUGGGCCGGGAUUGGGACGGGCAGAGACGGUCAGUAGUGGUGGCUCGAAGGAGAAGAAGGGCUGGAAGGGGAGGCUCUUUGGAAGGUGA